GCCGACGUUGUUAGGUUGGUGCACAGUGCCUGUCGCGGAUGUUAUUGUCUCCAGGUGGACGACGAGCAGUGUUGAUGGACGUUUGUAUGCAGUUCUUCCUGUCGACACACACAUAAAAGGUGGAGGAGCCAUGGAAGAGGGAGAAGAGCGCAGAGGGACUCUGGUAGACGACAUGGUGGCGUUAAUGUCGUCCGGGCAUGCUGCUGACGUCACCAUCAUGGUGGACGGCUUCUGGCUGCCCGCACACAGAGCUGUGCUGACUGCGCGCAGCACUGUGUUCGCCGCCAUUUUCCGAGAGCAGGUGCUGGAAGUUACUGGCGGCAGCAUCACUGCCAUUGACAUGAGCCACGAGGUGCUGGGGCAGCUCCUGCAGUUCAUGUACAGUGACGAAGCGCCCCUGCUGGAAUGUGUCGCUGCAGAGCUGCUCGCAGUUGCCGACAAAUACUGCGUGUCCCUCCUGAAGCAGCAGUGCGAGGAGCAGAUGAUUUUCGGACUGACCGUGGAUAAUGCUGCAGACAGCGCCGUUCUCGCCUUUGAACAUAUGUGCCCGAAGCUGAAGGCGGCGGCCAUCAACUUCAUCAGCUCGCACUACAAAGAAGUCAUGGCUACAGAGGGAUGGACGAACGCCCUUCGGCACCACACUGAAGUCAGUGUGGAGAUCUGUCGUCUGCUGGGGGACGCUAAGACUUUAGAGGCAGAAUGCGAGACUGAAGAACCAGCAGAGGGGGAAGACGCCAAGGGCAGGCUGGCGGGCGACCUGCUGGCGCUGCUGGCGUCUGGCGUGUGCAGCGACGUCACGCUGAUGGUGGGCGGGGUCGCGCUGGCCGCUCACAGGGCGGUGUUGGCGGCUCGCAGCCCCGUCCUCGCCGAGAAGCUGACGGACCUCCCGGGCGGCAUCCUGCACGUGGCCGGGGCGCCGGAACAGGAGGUGCGGCGGGCGCUGCGCUACAUGUACAGCGACCAGCUGCCGCCCCCGGCGAGCAUCACAGUCGAGCUCUUGGCACUCGCCGACGACUACGGGCUGCGUGUUCUGAAGGAGUACUGUGAAAAGCACUUGGCGGACGAAAUCACUGUCGACAACGCAGUGUCCGUCGCCAUCGUCGCCAUGAAACACUCCUUCACCUCGUUAAAGGACGCCAGUCUCGAUUUCAUCGGGGACAACAUCUUCGAGGUGAUGGACACGGCCGGUUGGGCUACAGCGAUACACAGUGAACCGGAGGCUCUCGUGGAAAUAAGCAAAAUCGUGUCAGCGGCACAAAGAAAGCCGAUCCCUUGUUCAAGUGGAACGUGUAUUCCGGCGUCGAUUCAGCAAGAAGCCGCCUCGGUAGAAGCAGAUUUAUGACUGUGUACAAAAUUCUUGGAAGUUGGU